AUGUUCAAACCAUUUCAACCGAUUCGAAAAGUUAAAGCAAACCCCAUCAAAUUUCUUCAAGCUAUACUUCAAAUGAUAAGAACAAGAUCAAGAUCAAGAUCACCUUCACCUUCAAUCGAAACUUCUAAAUCAUCUGGACUUAUUAAACUUGAUGAACAUCAAAGUAAAAAAGUUAAACUUGAAAAUGAUAUCCUAAAUCAAGAAGAAGAAAAAGAAGACCAAAUCGCCAAAAAUGAUAAUCAAGAUCUUGAUGAAACCCAAUUAGAAAGUAGAAAAAGUUUUUCAGAAUUGUAUUCUACUGGACUUUAUUUAGCUCCCAUGGUUCGAAUUGGAACUUUGACCACUCGGUUAUUGGCUUUAGAAUAUGGUGCAGCAUUAGUUUGGGGACCUGAGAUUGUAGAUAAAGCGAUCAUUGGAUCAGAAAGAAUCGUCAAUGAAAGAACUGGAACUAUACAAUAUACUAAAAAUAAUGGUACUACUUCUAUUUGGCAAACUCAUCCAAGAGAAAAAUCUCGAUUAAUUUAUCAAAUCGGUAGUGCUGAUCCAGAACUAGCACUUAAAGCCGCACAAACCGUUUUACAGGAUGUAAGUGGAAUCGAUUUAAAUUGUGGAUGUCCAAAGGACUUCUCUUUAAAAGGUGGAAUGGGUGCUGCAUUAUUAAAAGAACCAGAGAAAUUAUGUGGAAUUCUAUCUCAUCUAGUCAAAAACAUUCCAACCCAUCCAAUCUCGGCAAAAAUCCGAUUAUUACCCGACCAAGAAGACACAUUAAACUUAGUCAAACAAAUCAGUGCCACUGGUAUUUCUUGUUUAACCGUACAUUGUCGUACUCAACUCAUGAGAUCAACUGAACCAGCACUCCUACAUCGACUAAAAGAGAUUGUCGAAACUGUCAACCGAUCCAGAAGCUCUAGUGUUCCUUUACCUGUGGUGGCUAAUGGUGAUUGUUUUGAAUACAAAGAUAUGGAAAAGAUUAAAGCUUUAACUGGAGUUCAAAGAAUAAUGAUUGCUAGAGGUGCAGAAAGGAAUGUGUCUUGUUUUAGUCCUUGUGGUCUUUCGGAUCCAGUGACUCAGAUUAUACCUUUAUUUAUUAAGACGGGUUUGGUAACCGGACAAGGAUAUGCUAAUGCAAAGUAA